AUUCCCCACCGCUCUUGGUAUAAAAGGUAACAGGCGUUAGGCCCACUCGUAACCACUAACCAGUCGAGAGUAGACACUGAGCGUGUGACGUGUAAAAGCUUACUAAUAAACAUGAGAGCCGCAACGCUGAUAUUAUUCGUUGCGAUGGUGGUCGUAGUUUCCUGCCGACCGGACAAAACCGAUCUGAAGGAGCUGAAAGCAGAAGCUGCUCGGAAAAAGGCUUGUAUGCACGACUGUUCUUCCGUCAAAACUGAACCAGUCUGCGCUGGAAAACAAGGAUCGAAGCCUAAAUCUUUCGGAAACGAGUGUGUCAUGAACAACCACAACUGCGAACACAAAGAUACUCUACACGUAUUAAGCAAGGGAGCGUGCGCUGGAUCUGAUGGAAUUCGUCUCUCUUAAAUUAAAGUCACUCCACUGAAAGUAAUGUUCUUUUCUCUAUUCUUGAUGUAAUCCAAUAAAAUAUUACCACAUAA